CACACACAGACACAGACACGCUCGCACAGACACACACGGAGCAGAACAGAGCAGAGCAAGCGUGAGUCCAGACACCACCUCGGCAGGACCUCCUCCUCCUCCUCCUCCUCCUCCGCCUGGUGGAAAUAGCAUCACAUCCCCUGAGCAGCAGCUCCUGAGCGACGACCCGGUGUGGUAGCGGAGUGCAUUGGGCGAUGCCAGCUCACUGCAUCAUCUGACCGUCCAAGCGCCUGACCGCGUGCCUGCUGCACCAUGUCUGCCACUACACAGCUUGACGAUACAGAGAAUGUGUUCGAUCUGAAUGAAGCCGUUCCAGAGACGGAACUGCUGGAUAACAGCAUACAGAAAGGCCGAGCCCAGCUGUCCGUCAAAACCAGAAGGCACCGCCCCUCCCGCUCCCACUUUCGCGACAGCAUCAGCUCCACUGAGGGGGAUGAGUUUGUGGAGAGGAAGUCUCUGGACAGCCCCUUGCACUCUGUCCGCUCUCCACUUCACAACGCCCUUCGUGGCUCCUCCCCCUCUCCUGAUUUGCUGCUGUCGUCCUCGCCUGCGCACCGAAGCUCCGCCUUCUCCUUCGACUCCUCCUCCCUGGUGCGGCGCUCCCCGGAGGAUGGCGGUGGUGGCGGCGGCUCGUUCUCGCCCGCGCCCAAGGGCCGCUACCGCCAGCUCACCAACACCACGUCCCAGGAGGCCCUGGUGCCCACGCCGUCCAGCUCGCCCUCCAAGUCCUGCCCGAGCUCCGACGCAUCGCCCGUCUACCUGCGGAGAGGCCGCCGGCCAGAGAGCGAAGUGUUGGUAUCUGAUGACAGUCGAGAUCUCAGUCCCCCAGACCCUGGCAGUCCCACAGUCAUAUUUGACAAGAAGACCAAGAGAAGAUUCCUGGACCUUGGGGUGACACUCCGGCGCUCAUAUGUCCGUGUGAAGAAGGACAAGUCCAACAGGCUGUCCAUGGGAAGCCGGGAGCCGUCAGAGAGCCCCUCGCGGAGUUCGGGCUCGUUUGUGGCGUUCUCCUGGUUCACCGACAGCAACCGUGGCUCAGCUUCGUCCGGUAGCAACCCCUCCUGCUCCCCGAAGCUGGCCUCCCACAACUCCAGCCCCCGCAAGUCCAACUCACAGGAGUCGGCGCUAAGCGAUGAGUUCUCCCCACGGAGCCCUGUUGCCUCCAGUGAAUCAGUGGCCGACUCGCGAUCCUCGCACCCCUACCAGACCCUCUCCCAGUCCUCAGAUGAGCAUGGGGACGAGCCCCUGUGCCUGGUGUCGUCGUGGAGCACGCAGCAGGUGUGCCAGUGGCUGCGUGGGCUCAACAUGGAGCAGUACGUCCCGGAGUUCACCGACCAGGACAUCGACGGCGAGCAGCUGCUUCAGAUGGACAGCACCAAGCUCAAGGGUCUGGGUGUGGUGAAUUCGUCAGACCGCAACACUCUGAAGCGGCGAAUCAAAGACAUCCAUGCAGCGGCCGAGAAAGAGCGCAAGGCCCUGGGCAAACUGGAGCGGCAGAGGGAGAAACAGCGCAAGAAGGACCAGGAGCAGCGCAAGAGCUAGACUCCACAGCCCUCGCCUUCCUGUCAUCACCGCCCCAGGAGCAGCGCAAGAGCUAGACUCCACAGCCUUCACCUUUCCUCAGAUUCAUCCUGUCAUCACCGCCCCAGGAGCAGCGCAAGAGCUAGACUCCACAGCCUUCACCUUUCCUCAGAUUCAUCCUGUCAUCACCGCCCCAGGAGCAGCGCAAGAGCUAGACUCCACAGCCCUCGCCUUCCUGUCAUCACCGCCCCAGGAGCAGCGCAAGAGCUAGACUCC